AUGAAAAAACAUAAAAGAAUUUAUAUGCCUGAACAAAAGGCCGCAAGAAAUGAAGCUAAAAGAAAAAGAUUAGCUUCAAUGCCACCUGAAGAGCAGUUAAGUUAUCAAAUUCCUGCUGAACUUCCUCAACUUAGUCAAGUUGAAGAGAUGCUCAUCGCACAGAUUCUUCCUAUACUAACUGUUUACAAGCUUCAAGGUGGGCAACUUGGUUAUCAAGGAAAUGAUUUUACUUCAUUUCAAGAUUUUAAAAUUAAACGUUCAAAUAUUUUGACCUGGCUAAUGUAUCUUAAAAGUAAUAAUCCUUUUUAUUUCAAUAUUGAAAUCGAUCAAGAUAUAUUACAAACUAUUCCAGAAGAUGGUUCUAUAUUUAAUCGAUUAAAUACUAUAUAUGAUAAUAAUUUGAGUAAAGAUAUGACUUUUUUAAAUAAUAAUGACAUUCUCAGUACUUCUGAAGACUAUAUUAAACAUUCUUUUAUACCUAUUUCAGUUUCUAAAGAAACCGAAAAAGUAGUUACAUAUUCUGAAAUUAAUCAACUUGUAAAUUUGAAUCCCAAUAUCCUGAUCAACUGGCCUACUAUUAAAGAUAAUCCUAUAAGUGAAUUUGAGGAAGUUGGCUAUAUAACGAAAGCAUUUCCUACCUUAUUUCCUAAAGGAAAAGCAGAUUUAUGUAGUACUCAACGAUAUCAUCAAGUAUAUCCUGCUGAAUAUUUUGAACAUUUAAUUAAAUAUCAUGAUGGAAGAUUUGCACAACAUAAAAGAUUUCAAGAUGCAAAUCUUAUAGUAGAAGAUAUUCAGGAAUUACUUCAUACUAAUAAUUCAUUAGCAAAUCAAAUUGUUCAAUAUGGCAAUACUCUUCGAGGAACACAACCAUAUUGA